GGCGAGGAGCGCCGGGGAGCGCAGCCCGGGAGCAAGCGGGGCGGCGCGGCCGGCGGGGCUGGCGGCGGCUGGAGCUAGAGCGCUACGCGACGCGACCGCGGCUUCCCGAGGUCCGCCUGGCCGCCCAGCGCCGCGGCCCUCCCGAGGCCUGGAGGCGUCUGGGCUGCCGUCCAUGGUCGCGGCGUCCUGAGGCGGGGGACGCGCCCGGCGCCCCCAGCCCUCCUCCGCCUCCUCCUACCGGGCGGGCGGCCUCCUCCGGCGCCUCCUUGCGCCCGCCCGCCGCUCGCCGCCGCCUCCCUCCCUCCUUCCCUGCGGCUCCCCCGGCUUUCGGAACCCGGGGGCGGCCUGUGGCGCGCGGAGCCCGCGCCGGACUGCGCCUCUUUGGACCUUGAGGGCAAACAUGCGUUUGGCUUGGAUCGUUUGAAAUUUUUAGUUUGGGAUCCCCGCCCGCCUGCCUCGUGAGCCCCGCGGGUUUUCUUUUCUUUUUCUCUUUUUUGCCUUCUUCUGGCUCCCGGUCUCCUUUUUGACUCUCUCCCCCUUUAUGCUCGUCCAGCCCUCCCAUUGCUGAGAAGUGGGGGAGGGUCUCGGCCUCCAGGUUCCCGCCCCAUCGGGGCCCGGGCGAGCAUGGGGGGCAAGCAGAGCACGGCGGCCCGCUCCCGGGGCCCCUUCCCGGGGGUCUCCACCGAUGACAGCGCCGUGCCUCCGCCGGGAGGGGCGCCCCACUUUGGGCACUACCGGACGGGCGGCGGAGCCAUGGGGCUGCGCAGCCGCUCCGUCAGCUCGGUGGCAGGAAUGGGCAUGGACCCCAGCACGGCCGGGGGGGUGCCCUUUGGCCUCUACACCCCCGCCUCCCGGGGGACCGGCGACUCGGAGAGGGCGCCCGGCGGCGGAGGGUCCGCGUCCGACUCUACCUAUGCCCAUGGCAAUGGUUACCAGGAGACGGGCGGCGGUCACCAUAGAGACGGGAUGCUGUACCUGGGCUCCCGAGCCUCGCUGGCGGAUGCUCUACCUCUGCACAUCGCACCCAGGUGGUUCAGCUCGCACAGUGGUUUCAAGUGCCCCAUUUGCUCCAAGUCCGUGGCUUCUGAUGAGAUGGAAAUGCACUUUAUAAUGUGUCUGAGCAAACCUCGCCUCUCCUACAAUGAUGAUGUGCUGACUAAAGAUGCGGGUGAGUGUGUGAUCUGCCUGGAGGAGCUGCUUCAGGGGGACACGAUAGCCAGGCUGCCCUGCCUGUGUAUCUAUCACAAAAGCUGCAUAGACUCCUGGUUUGAAGUGAACAGAUCUUGUCCGGAACACCCUGCAGACUGACCCUGCUGGGCUUGCUUGCCAACUCCUCUCAAAGAUUGCUGUUUGCUGCCCAGCUGUAACACACUCAGUGACAGAAACGGACGUGCCGGUCCUCACCGCCCACAUUCUGGUGCUGGCGAGCACAUAAGGUCUCUUCUCUUGCCCAGUGCCCCCAACCAGUCCUCUCCACCACCAACCUCUCUACCUUGGUGGGUUUUUUGGUUUGUUUUUUUUUUUUUUUUCCCCAUUUUCCUGGCUUGGUUUUGCACUUUUCUCCCCUUGGGAUCCUGAUAUCUUUGACUUCAUUGCCAAAAGAACAACCCCUCAAGAACUUUCUUCCCACCUCAAAUCCCCAUUUCUUUUCCCUUCCUUCUUCCUAGUUCUGGUCAGUUCAGAGGAUCUAACAAUCACAAGUGUCCUGCAAAAAUGCCUGAACGUUAUUCUUAGGCCCUUGUGGAUUUUCCCCCCCCAGAAAAUUUAAAAAGACUAAGAAAUAUGUACAGUGACCCCUGUUUUCAGGCAGUCUGUUUGAGAACAUUUUAGCCAUUGAUGUUCACACGUGGCAUCAGCCCAUGCAAGAUAGGUUUCUGUAUUUAUAUAUUAAAAUACAAAAAAACCUUAUAAAAUGUUUAAAAAACGUUCAAAGUUUGGGAGAAAAGUUUUCUUCAUUAGUCAAGGUGUUUUGAUAUGGUAUUAAAAUAAUGUCUAAUAAAAGAUGGACUGUGUGAUUUUAUUUUAA